CAGCUAAGUCGGGUUAGUCCAAGUGCGACCGCCUAUAGAGAAGCUACCCCGUAAUGGAGCAAAGCAGCAGUGUGGCGGAGCUGGCGAAGAACAGUGAGGAUAUCGAAACGGAUGCCUCCAAGGUGGCGGACCAUCAGGAGUACGCCGAAGCCCUGUCAAUGUCCGGUCGAAGUCACACUAAUCGGCGCUGGAAUCGAAGGACCUGCUGCACUCGAGAGGUCCUGAGUGGGGGCGCCAUUUUCAUCGCCCUGCUGCUCGUCAUCGGCGCCAUUUACAUGCACUUAAGACAGAAGCACCAUCUGGGCCGGCUGCACAUCAAUCUCAAGGAUCGCGGGAGGCUGGACGUCUUGGAGGAGGACUUCCCCGUGGUCACCGCCGCGGCUGUGGAUAAUUUUAUAAGCGGUUUACAUUGUUGGGUUGCUGUUCUCUCUCUAUCUCUCUUCCCCAGCCGACUGAUUAGAAACGCCAUUAGGAGGACCUGCAGAUCUCAGUGCUCCAUAAAAAUAGCGAUUGUAAAUAAAAGAAAUCAAUGUUUUCGUUGGGCUUUUAAACAUUUUUAUUUCAUUUUAAAUAGAGUGCUCCAAAUCGUCAUAGUCAAAUGUUAUUAAAAAUAUACACAUGUUGUAGUGCUGAUUAAGUCUGCAGUGGUAAAAUGUCUAUAUAUGUAGAAUUAUAAAAUGAGGAAGAGCACAUAAAUCCAUACUUACACUUAUGCGCCCAAAGUAUUCCAAACUAUGUUUAACAUCAAUUUAAAGUUACUAAAACUGCAAUUUAAAGUUGCUUUGCACAAACUGCUAAUAAAACAUACUCAGUUUCCAGUUGGUACUUUCUUAAAAGUUUCCAACUAAAGAUGAGUGUGGUUAAAACGUGAGGUCUAAAAGAGUUAUUUAGUGUUGGGGAAGCGGAAGGGAAACGGAAACGGAAGUGGAACCCCCUGCCAACUAUGCUCUAAGC